AUGCAAACAAACUAUCACACAGCGUCCAUUACAAACCCCCCACCACCACCACCACAGAUACACCCGCGAGUCAAGUUAAUCACAUGCAUACCGCACACAACCCUAGACCUUGACUCUGUCCUACCCUUCGCCUUACCUCCUGUCCUGUGCGUACAUUUUCUUUUUAAUUUGCUUUUCUAUUAUUUUCUUCUCUUUUUCUUUUCCUUUAUUCAAACAAACACAUUUUUCUUUCUUUCUUUCUUUCUUUCUUUCUUUCUUUCUUUCUUUCUUUCUUUCUUUCUUUCUUUCUUUCCGUACAUCAUGAUUUUCUUUUUUCCUUCUGGUUUCUAUUUAUCCUUCUUGUUUCUUUCUUUCUCUUUUUUCUUUCUUUCUUUAUUUCUUUCAUAUAUUGUUUUUCCUUUUCAUUUCCUUUUUUCUUUCCAUGUCUGUAUGUAUGCAUAUUCCCAUGCAAUUAUUAAUUUAUUCGUCUUCUUUGUUUUCCGACGCCUUUUUCUUUUCCCGUUUUGUCUCUCUCAUUUUCCGCCACUCUCUCUCUCUCUCUCUCUCUCUCUCUCUCUCUCGAUGUCUCCUUUCUUUUUUUACUCUCUUUCUUUUCUUCUACCUUUCUUUCUUGCAAAAUGCUUUCUUUCCACAGUUCUUUCUUUCCUCCUUUUUUCUUACAAAAUACUUUCUUUCUUUUUUCUUUCUUUCUUUCUUUCUUUCUUUCUUUCUUUCUUUCUUUUGAAAGGAUUUUCUUUAAAAAGGCUUUCUUUCUCUUUUCCUUUCUUUCCGCCUUUCUUUCUUUCAAAAUUCUUUCUUUCCUUGAGAAAUUCUUUCCUUCCUCCUUUCUUUCUUGCAGUAUACUUUGUGUUUUCUUUCUUUCCAAAAUCCUUUCUUUCCUUCUUUUUUCAUGCAAUAUACCUUUUUUCUUUCUUUCUUUCUUUAAAAUGUCUUUUCCUUAAAAUAUAUUUCUUUCUUACUUUCUUUUUUCUUUAUUUCCUCUUUUCUUUCUUGCAAAAUAAUUUUUUUCGUUUCUUUGCAAAAUUAUUUCUUUCCUGCUUUCUUUCUUGCAAUAUGCUUUUUUUUCAUUACACAAUUAUUUCUUUACUUCUUCCUUUCUUGCAAAAUACUUUUUCUUUCUUUCUCAAUGUUCUUUGCUGCAUAUUCGUAUUCCUUGCUCCUUUUCCGAAUGUUUUCUUUCUUUCUUUUAUUUUUGAAAUUAGUUCUUCUUAA